GUCCUGCCGCUGUUCGACGAGAGGAGUUGCUAUCGGUGGCUUUGCUGGAUUGUUCUCUCCUCCAGAUCUCAAAAUCGCUAUGGCUACUGUCUCCAUGUGUUCAAGGUAGCCCAAAGCAGCACCUUGCAGGAUCAGCUCUCCAGCCCAUUUUCACAUGCCGCGGAAACGCUAUGGCGUCCUUCACGCUCAACCCUUCAGAAAAAUGGUCGCUCCUUGUGGCUGCCGGGGCUUCUCUGGCUGUGAUCGCAAACACGUUUCAGGGAGAUGGCGCGCCUCUCGUGGCGUCACUCGCGUUCUCGACCCUGGCUUUCUCCAUGACUUAUGCUUUUGUGCGAUGGUCGGGCCCGGCGUUUGUCAAGGCUGGAUUGAAAGGGAGAGACAUGAGCAAAAUCAUGCCAAAAGAGAUUCCUGAGGCCAUGGGAGCGGUAGCCGCGGCGGUCUACAUCCUGGCCCUGAUGGCGUUCAUCCCGUUCGCCUUCUACAAGGACAUCGUCGCCGCUACAUCCGGUGGUGGGAACAGGGAUGUCGUGCUCACAGUCACUGAGGUCGAGACGGGCCGGUUCUUGCACCGGUUUCCACACUCGAAACUAUCCUCGUACCAGAGCGCGCUCAAUACUCUCCAGGCCACGACUAUACUGGGCAUAUGCGACGAUCUCCUCGACCUUCGCUGGAGACAUAAGUUCUUCAUCCCUGCGGUGGCUUCACUGCCCCUACUUAUCGUCUACUAUGUCGACUUCGGCGUCACUUCCGUGGUCGUCCCCAACUUUCUCAUCCCGUACAUGCCAAACCAAGCUCGUCUCAUUGAUCUGUCGCUUUUCUACUAUCUUUACAUGUCAGCUCUGUCGAUAUUUGCGCCAAACUCGAUCAACAUCCUUGCAGGCAUCAACGGGAUCGAGGUUGGACAGUCACUGGUGAUUGCGGGGUUGUUGGUGCUCAAUUCGGCCCUCUAUCUGGUCCCGUUCCCUGGGAAUCCGGUGUUGAACCACGCCUAUGCGACGCGUCCACACCCCGCCACCGAUGGCCAUCUCAUGACGCUGUACAUUUUAUUACCAUUCCUAGCUGUUUCGACAGCCCUGUACAUCCACAACAGAUACCCCGCUCGGGUUUUCGUUGGCGACACAUACUGCUACGUUGCGGGCAUGACAUUCGCGGUUGUGGCGAUCAUGGCGCAUUUCAGCAAGACGCUCCUUUUGCUUCUGAUCCCACAAAUCGUCAACUUCCUCUACAGCACCCCGCAGCUAUUCCAUCUGAUCCCAUGCCCCCGACAUCGACUCCCCAAAUUCAACGCCAGGACCGGCCUUCUGGAGCCAAGCGUGACACCAUGGCCGCCGGAGAGACCACCCAGCAAGCUACUGACGGCGGUGUUCUUCUUUCUCGAGAAGCUGCACUUGAUUCAAGUAACUGUAGACCCCAAGACUAAUCGUAUCUCGAGUACGUCGAAUCUUACAAUCAUUAAUCUGUGGCUGGUAUGGCGAGGCCCAAUGAGAGAAGAUCAGUUGACACGAGAGCUGCUGGUCAUGCAGACGUGCUGUGGGCUUUUGGGACUGUUUGUGCGCCACACGAUGGCGUUGCUGAUUUUCAGCAUGGAUAACCGAGGGCCGGGAUCGGCGGUGUAGCAGCCACAUGGUCUGAAACGAUGUAUAGAUCUUGAAAAGACCUUUUUUAUAUAGACAAUGGACUUUCC